AUGCCUAAUGUCGAACCUGGUCAGACGCCGCCCCAGUUGCCACCACCACCUCGACGGCAGCAGGCUGAGGCCAAUUCAAGGACAAACUUCCUUCCUGCAGAAGUCUCCCAGGCUCUGAGCUUUGGAGCUUUGACAGGAACUGCCGGUGCGCUUGGUGGAGCUAUCAUUGCCGUAUCACGUCACCGCCCAGCCUUGAUAUCUGCCGUACUAGGAGGCGCUUACUGGUUUACUGCAGGCUCUGUGUUCAACGGUUCGAGAUCAGCCAUAACUGCAGCCUAUGGAGCGCGGGACCUGAGCGGAAAGGAGAAGAUUGUAAUCAGCGGUGCCGCUGGCGCUCUUGCUGGCACGGCGCAAGGAGCGCUGGCCACGGGUAUACGCUCUAGUCCACCGGCAGCCUUGGCCUUUAUGGUUCUCGGUGCAGGUGGUCAGGCUGUUUCAAACAAAUUGGCUGCGCGAGAGCCGACGCCAGCGUCAAAGCGAGAUUGGUUGUCUGCCAAAUGGAGUCCCCUCACUCCUCUUACUGACCAGGAGUAUGAGCACAUGCUCCAGGAAAAGAUACUAAAGCUAGAUGCAGAAAUCGCCUUGGUAGACGAUAACAUUGCGGUCUUGCGAGAAAAGCAAAAGUCCACCAGGAAUCAGAAAUAG